AGUUCAGCUUCCUUAGCUGCGGUGACCAGAGCCAGAGGUUUACAGCAACCGGGUUUUAGCCGCCGAGCUUUCGGGUUCUCUGGUCCCGAUUCUGUUUGUGGUGGUCGCGAUGUUUUUCUCCGAGGCCCGGCCACGGACGUGGGAAGCCAGCCCCUCAGAACACAAGAAGUGGGUGGAAGUAUUUAAAGCAUGCGAUGAAGAUAAUAAAGGCUAUCUAAGCAGAGAGGACUUUAAAGUUGCUGUUGUAAUGCUGUUUGGGUACAAGCCCUCCAAGGUAGAAGCUGAUUCCGUGAUGUCUUCAGUAAAUCCAAAAACUUCCGGUAUAUUGCUUGAGGAGUUUUUAAGUAUUAUUAGGAAAAAAAAGGAAGUUCAACUCUAUCGGAAUGAAAUAAGACACAUCUUCACAGCUUUUGACAGGCACUAUCGGGGGUAUUUAACUUUGGAAGAUUUCAAGAAAGCAUUUAGGCAGGUGGCUCCCAAGUUAUCAGAAAGGACUAUUCUGGACGUAUUCAGGGAAGUAGAUCAAGACUCAGAUGGUCUUGUCAGCUUUAAAGACUUUGAAUAUGCCAUGAAGUAUGGACAAAAUGAAGCCUAACUACUGUGAACUGCUUUUGGCAACUUCUGGGGAGACAAGUAGAUCGUAAUGUAUAUUUAAAUGUCAAACUCUGCUCCGCUAGUGAUGUAAUUAUGCUGCAUACUUGUGACUAAACUCUCCAUUGUGGGUUUCAGAUGCUGAUGUGACUUGCAUGGCAGAAUCCUAGAGGUGGUCAUUACAGGUCGUCUUCCAUGGGGCUAGCAGCCCUGAGCCAGGCUGCUGCUGGCUCUGCCACUGAGGCCGGCUCCCACCCCUCCUCUUCACUCUCAACCCACCACGCCCACCCACACUGCAGGCUGGGGUGCUCCACUCACUAGUCCUCACCACCCCACCUGCUCCCUCCUUUAUUCUCAUUGGUUCCUAAUGUCUGGAGAGAAGUCACUUUUUCCUGCCAAUGGUGCCAGUUUCCUUCUCUCAUUCAACUUUAUUUGAACGAAUAAUAGCACCUGUAUAUACUGAGUGCUUAACAAUGUUUCAAGCAAUGAGCAAAAAAAGCAUUGGAAAAACAAGGACUUAAGAUUUCUCGAAGAUAAAGUACCCAGUGUCAAAAUCAUCAUUGUAAAAUGGCCCUAGGGCAUUCGCUGUACAAGAUUUAAAAAAAACAGAUUGGACUGACACAAGUAAGUCUUCUCGAGCAGGAGACAGAGGAAGAACAGAGUUCAGUAAGGAAGGAUACUGGGGGCAAAAGAUUUAUUUGCAGGGCCCUUUCGGUUGGCUUGGGCCCAGGAUUCGUGUGGCUACCCAGCUGUCCUCUGCUGCACGGUUCCUCGGUUCCUCGUUGUGGUUGGCCCCACCUGCACCAAGAGCCUGAGCCUUUUGCGUUCACAUUCUCCAUGUCUUGCCCGCCCACCUGCGGGAACCUGAUACGUGCCGUACCAGAUCGAAAACUGUGACACUGGACCUCCAACACUUAUUUUAAAUAAAUGCUGGUAUCAUUGCCGAUAUUUUAUCUCUAAGUGUUCAGAAAUCAUAACAUUAAGAUGAGGAAAACAUCUAAUUCAAAUUUUAAAAGUAGUAAACAUUUAAAGAUCAAGUACAAAUAUACAUUUGUAAAAUAGAAACAUUAAACGAGCAUCAUUCAAACCCAAAUUAUUGGCAGAUAAACUUAAAAAUAAGAUCUUAAAACUGUUACAAGUCAGCGGAACCUCAGGAGACAAAACAAUAUAAUUUGAUGUUCUUGGAAUAGAAAAAAGGGACAUUAGGUAAACACUAAUAAAGAAUGGACUUUAGUUCAUAAUAAGUACUCUGUUCACAAUUUUUCUGCAAAUCUAAAACGAUUCCAAAAUAAAAAGA